UCGCACACAUUGUGUAUAUAGCCGCAAGGUCAGGUACCUCGGCGAGCGGGUUGAAAACCGUAAUCAUCUAAGUCAUUCUCCAUCACCCCUUGAAGCACGAGGUACUUUCGAAAAACCUCUACCUUUUCCCAUCUUUCUUUGUACUAACAUCCAACGGCCGAAGUAAUCAUUGGCAUAGACCACACCUUCAAACCACUUAUAUCCUUUCAAAAACAACCAGUCGAGAUGCCUCGGCACUCUUCAAUUUUCCCCGGCGACACUCCAAGCCUGCAAGAGCUAGAGAGACGAUAUAGAAUCGCCCGGCACGAUCUAAGGGAGGAAACUGAACGCCGUGAGCGCCUGGAGAGGUUAAUCGAAAGACGCAGCGAGCUCGUCUCGAAUUAUCUGGAAGAGCAGAAGGAAAGGGCAAGGACCAGGGCCGACACGCUAUGGCAGAGGAACCCUUCACAUGAUGGCUCAGACGAGUGGGUGGAGUUCCAUAAAGCUUUGGCUCUCGAAGCAUUCAUCAAAAGGACGAUCAGAGCUUUGGGGCCUGCGAUGAGGUCACCUCCGCAGUAGGGCUGGCUAGACUUGCCCGCGAGCGUGAAAUGGUGAUAAUAAAAAAAGAAGCGUAGUGGUUCUUGGGUUCUUUCGGCGUACCUUUCGAGGCCGUGGUCAAACUUUGUUCCGACUUACAUGAUGCCAAAGUGAUGGUGUUUCGUUAUCGUCUUUUGAUGUGUGGGCACAGUGACAUGAGUGGCCUGUUGGUGCGUUCUGGUGGGUUACGCUAGGUUGGGCUACUUUAAUCGCAUCAAAGUCAGUUGACUGUUGGCGAAUGUGUUGUCCGAGUUUCAGCCAAAGACACGAGAAAAGCUAAAGGAUGGGUCGCAUUAGGCUCGAGGCCUUAUAUAGUUCGUUAUCUUGGUUGGAGUCGUGGUGUAUGGUUGCAUUCACGGCUUGAGUUGAGGAUGUGUUGAAAAAAGAGUCCAAGAUGGUGGAAUGUCUAUACGGAGUUGAAGUCGGGAGAUUUGCGCCAUGACGGUUGUCCGGGCCGGCACUGGUACGUAACAGCGUGCCAUGGCUCGAGUGGGUCCUGGGCUGCGAGACAAAGCCGGGGCUCGGGCAGCCGUUCAGCCCUGCCAAGAUCCAGCUCCGGAGACGCUAUCGGGCGUGGCGGGGCUCCUUCAGUUGGCCAGCCCGGACUCGCUUGCGAUGAGACGGGAAAUGCUCGAGAAUGGUACGUAGCGAAUGAAACUAGAACUCUGAAAGUCAAUCCCUUA